GACUUCCAGCGCGCGGGCAUGAUCGUGGACGACGAGAUAUUCGACGCCAUGGUGGCUCCCCUGCCUGCGGGGGUCAAGCUCACCGCCGUGAUGGACUGCUGCCACAGCGGCACCGGGCUGGACCUGCCGUUCGAGCUGACGCACCGCGGGUGGCAGGAGGACGACAACCCGUGCCACAGUGCGGGCGACGUCGUGCUGAUCUCGGGAUGCCAG